GCAGAUGAUCUUCGAAUAGCAUGACCUGUAUAUGACUUAGCAUUUUCAAGUAGAUGGAAAUUUGCUACUGUUUCAGGUCAUCUGAUUAAAGACCACUCGAAACACAAAGGCAGUGGCGGCGGCGGUGAUACUGACUUGUUGCAGCUGGUGCGCCGCCUAUCCUCCACCGACCAUGUGAAGAUGGGGGCGAACGUCAGCCGGCACUCGGCCAAAGGUUUGUCGGGACGCAGGUCCCAAUCGAGCGGCAGCAUCUGCAAUGGCAAGGGCAGACACCCCGACGGCAAGAUCUGCAGCAGCUUGCCCAGCUAUCUCGACGACAGGCAGUCGAACGGCUGCAACAACAACCACCACGAGUGCGAGAAACCACCCCUUGACGAGGUCGAUAGGAUACCACCUUUGGGAGACGGGGCGCCGCUGCAUUGGAAGUUCUCAGACAACCAGACGGCGCUCUGCGAUCAAGGCUACGGUUCGGAACGGUCCCCCGAGGAGGAGUAUCCACCGCCUCUGCCCGACCACGACCAACAGUGCCACCACCACCUGGAGCCCCACGCCUGUUAUCCUUUCAUAACUCCAGAGAGCACGUUCAUAGUGAAGCUAACAAAAGGCACAAGAGGAUUGGGGCUGAGCGUCACUGGCGGGAUAGAUAGCACUGGAUCAUGGCCCGGCCUUAUCCGAAUCAAAAGACUGUUUCCACAUCAGCCUGCGUCAGCGUGUGGACUUUUAAAUGUAGGGGAUCUCUUGUUACAAGCUAAUGGAAUUACGCUUACGGGCCUUACAAAUUACGAGGCUUUAGAAGUAUUAAGAACCGCACCUAAUCAAGUCGACCUGAAAGUCUGCCGGCCGCCUCCGGAUGUUCUAAACUGUGUAAGUCCUAUAUCUGAAGUUCCUCCUCCACCACCGCGCAGAGAACCGCCAUGCACUCUUAACCUGUCUUCAGUGAUUUACACCACUCCCGAAGAUGAUUACUAUCACGGGGAAUUUGAGGUUACGCUUAAGAAAAUCCACGGAUCUCUAGGAUUUACACUCCGCAAAGAAGAUGACAGCGCAUUGGGUCAUUAUGUUCGCGCUUUAGUUAGAGAACCUGCUCUAACAGAUGGCAGAAUUAAAGCUGGUGACAAAAUCAUAGCGGUAAAUGAUGUAGAAAUAUCUCCUAUGUCCCAUGAACAAGCAGUUCAGUUCUUGAGACAGUGUUCAGAAGUUGUUAGGUUACGCUUAUAUAGAGAUUCAGCUCAAACUCCCGUGGCUGCACUAUCACCAUCCGAAACCACUCCAAGAACCUCAUUUUCUCGAAAAGCACACUUAAGGCAAGAAGCAGUCGAUAUGUUAAACGAUAUCGCCGUUCGUAAGCUCAUUCCAGGUAAUCAGGAUAUCUAUCGUCGUUCCUUGUCUCCAAAUGCAUCACCCAGAAGACUGCGUCGUCAAAACUGUCCUUCUGACGCUUCGCGAGUGACAGAUUCGUCCGUAAAAUACUUGAUAAACGACGAACAAUUCCAUGAAGGCUUGCUGCAAACGUGCUCUCAUCCCUUCGACGACGAUGCCUUCAAUUCACUCUUCUCCAUAGAGUCAGACGACGGAGAUAAGCCAAACCGCCCUAGCUCAUUAGACUUGUAUAAUCCAAAUCAAACUCCUGUUGCUACUAGAAAGCCUAGAUUUAACUUUUCGCUAGCCCAUAACGCAUAUGAGUUAAAUAACUUAGAUCCAGAAGUACUGGAUGCGCCUAAUUUGACUUAUAAUCUAGGUAAUGAUGACGUGAAAAGUACUGAUGUAGAAGUUGGAGACAGUUUUCUCCAAGAACCUGCAAGUAUGCCACAUAUCCCCAUUGAUAAUCCAACAUUUAGUUAUAAGAACCCUGCCUAUCAGUCAGCUCAUCCUCAAAUAGGCUCUGAUACAGUAGAUUUUGCUGCUGCCACAACUACAAAGGCGAAUGGAAAAUUUGAUGACACUAAUAUGAAAAAGUGGAAAAAUGUAGCAUUGCAGGACGAGACAGAACCUAAAUCUGAAAUUAACGCCCAUCAAAUGCCCAUGAAGGAAGAAUACGAGGUCCUUGCCAUAGAAUUAAAUAGGGGUUGGAAUAGUAGACUAGGAUUUAGUUUACAAGGUGCCGCAGGAGUAACUUAUGUUAGUGCUGUUCACGCUGAUAGUGUAGCUGCAAAAGAUGGCAGGCUAAAGCCUGGAGACCGCGUUAUUAAGGUGAACGAUGAAAGUGUAGAACAUAUGACCACUGGAGAAAUAAUAGAUCUUCUUCGAAUAGUAAGGGGUCCAGUGUGUAUAGUUGUGUCAAGAGUCAAAUCUAAUGAAGACUGUCCAAAAAGCAAUGCGGAGAAUUGAGAAACUGUAGUACAAGAUUAUAUUCUAAGAGCAUCUAUCAAAUAUUCUAAUGCUAAAUAAAUUUAUUUUUUGUUAAAUCCAUAAUUUAAAUGUUUUUUUAUGUUUUUUUAUCCAUAUUUUAAGCUAUAAAAUGUUGUGAUAGUUUUGUAAUUAUAAUUUAAAACUUUCCUUCUACCAAUGUGAUUAAAAUUGUAAUUAUGUAU